CGACAGAUGCCAUUCUAGCUAGUUCUCUUUCACAAGUGCAGGCAGGAAAAAAAAACGAACCGCAGAAGAAGAACUCCACUCAAUUUGUUUACAUCAGGAGGAGGUGACAGGACGUAGCCUAUUCUGACAGUAUGGCUCAAACUUUCAGUCUAUGACUUAAUAUGACUUAUAACAUCAACUGACAGGGAGCCAUGGGCGCUUUAGCUUGUCUUUCUGUACUGUGCUCAUUGUGGCUUUGCCCGCUAGUUUCUAGCGAACAGGUAGCAUUUGUAGAGGUGUUUCUGGAAGACCAUCAGGAUGUUUUUCAGGGUGAGGUGGUCCAGGGGAGUAUGGAGAACGACCCUAUGGAAAACCACAGCAAAAAGAAACAUGACCUUAAAGGAGACCUCAUAUUAAUAAAAGAUGAAGCUCUUGAAAGCAACAGUGAAAGCAGUGAUGGGAAGGAUCAGAACCCAUGGAUUGGACUGGUACCUGUCCAGAUGGAGGAAGGCACAGUUUCCAGCAACAGCAACCAGGAGUCAUUUGCUGCCUCUGUGGUCAAUAAGAUGAAGCGUGCUCUUGUGUUUGGUGCAUCUGCAUUGAUCAUACUGGCUUUAAACCAGAAUACUGUCAGAGAGAUGGAUCUCUCCCAGGUCCUCUCAAAGCCAAUCAUUGUUAUUCAAACAUCAGAAAAUGUCACUAAGCUCAUUGGAGCACUCCUCAGGGGCCUUCAUGCAACAGCGAAAAUCACUUAUAAGACUUUUCUACAGGAUAGCCUGGGGGCCACCUUGACCCUGUGGUCCAGCUGUGGCCGUUCAAGAGGAGGGUUGUAUGGGGAAUGGCAGGGGGUCAUCUGCACCGGGGAGACCAACUCUCAGGUUCAGAAAUAUCUCCAGCAGCUUUGGAACACUGUUGUUUUGGUGGCCCUUGUCCUCUCCACAGGGGUCAUAGUUCAAGCUCGCUGGCAGUACCAGGACAACCAGUUUAAUGAUGAUUUAGAGUCAAACCUAAAGCAAGAUAUUUUAAAGAGAUUAUCAGCAUUGAAGACAAGGACAUACCGGCAGCCCAAAGUGAGGUGUGACCCAACACAAACUCAGCUGGUGGAGACGGACAGUUGUGCAGUUUGUCUGGAGCAAUACAACAACAACCAGUGUUUGAGGGUGUUACCGUGCCUCCAUGAGUUCCACAGAGAUUGUGUGGAUCCCUGGCUACUCCUCCAGCAGACAUGCCCUCUCUGCAAACGUAGCGUGCUUGGUAAUUUUUAUUGAGCUGGACCAGGACGGAUUCUGGACUAGGAAAUAGUGGAAUUGGAUUGACUCUUCUGAUUCAGACUUUUUAAGGCAACUAAAUCCCUCCUCUUCACUGUAAAGUCAGAUUACCUCCAUGGUAAUGAUCUUUGACCUUUCCAAAGACUAUACCUUGAGUUCUUUUAAGAGACCCCAAGAGUCAGGGCUAGUUCCUGAUCUUUGGGUCAGACCACUUGAGAAGUUCCUUGAAGGUAGGUCCUUGUACACGGGAUCAGUUCUUUUGCACACAGAUGAGUACUUUAGUUACAUUUGUUGAACCGGCUCAGCAGUUUACAGAUACACAAAUUGUGAAUUCAUAUGCACAGCAAAAAAACAAAAGUAAUGAUUCAGAUCUCUUCAAAAUAAGGGGGAAUCAUACACACUCUGAAGUCUCAAAUUUUUGUUUAAACAAGGGUUGGCAUGAAGUAAAAAAAAAAAGACAAAGUAAGAAAUAGCAUUCAUUCACACAUUGCAUAAGAAACAAGUAUCAAUAGAUUAUCAUUUAACCUUUUCCUCUGACAUGAUACCAGGGCUGGUGCCCAACCUGGCCCUGUUCCACUGAAAAAAAAAAAAAAAAGAUAAAGUUCUUGCCUGGAGCUGGUCCUAACCUUGAAGUUGUGGUCUUGACAUUUUUUAAGACCAUAUAAAAAGAAUUUUAAGCAGAAACAUAAUGCAGUUCAGAGGACCACACAUUUCAUGCAGGAAAAAAUAUAUAAAGGCCACGUUUUACUCAUUUGUUCCCAUGUUUUAAUUUGUGGCCACGUUGUACUGAUUUGUUGCUCAUUUUAGUUAAAUUGUGGCCAUGACUUAACUCAACUAAAAUGAGGGAAUAAAUUUGUACAAUGUGGCUAUGAUUUACCUAAUAUCGAUUUACCUAACAUUUCAUGAUUUGCCUAAUAAUUACCUAAAACGAGGGGGAGGGGGAUGUUGUGGGAAUGAAUACUUAAUACAUGGCCAUGAAAUCUUGUUUUUUUUUUUCUGCAUGUCAAGUAUGGGGCUCUAUAGUGUACGAGUGCCAAACAAUGUAGUGCCAUUGUUUGGCUUUGACAGCUAAACCCCCAGCUCCAGCACUAGCUCCAAUUCAGUAGAAAAGGGGCAUGUUAUUCAAUUCUGUUACUCCAAACUACCCAGUAAAGUGAAAGAUACAUGAAAGGAGUAUCUGUAUUCCAUACAAUGAGCUUCUUGCUACACAGAGCGACUUUCACUAUUAAGAUGAUUUAUAAGGGACUAUAAGUACAUUUACAUGCAUUCGUUAAUUUUAGUUUCAAGUGGUCUUUUUUAAAUGUCAUGUAAAUGCUUUAAUUUCUUUCACAAAAAAAAAAAAAACCUUUGGGAAGGUACUGUAGGUUUGUUAAUCCAACAAAGCAAAAACCUGACUGGCAUUUCAGUCAGACUAUGGGUACGUUUACACGACAACGAUAUGCUUAAAACGGAGAAGUUUCCUUUGAGUUUUCCGCGUACAGACGACAGACACCAUUGUCCAAACUAUACGAAUCCGUAAAAAUGACUAAAAACGCUUAUUCUGCUGGCAGGCCAUAAGAUGGCGAUGAAACGCUAUAGAUUGAACAUGUAACGCGCAUGUGCAUGACGUCAUCGUUUUCACAGAUUCGCGUUUUUGUUGUUUACACGGAUACCGUUUUCAGGCACCCAAAACGCCGUUGUCAUGUAAAUGAACGGCCAAAACGCAUUAAAAGAUUUACGUUUUUAGUUGAAAACAGUGUCGUGUAAACAGCCCACUUUUAUUCAACAAGGAUGCAUUAUUGAUCAAAAGUGACAGUAAAACACUUAUAAUGUUCCAAAAGAUUUCUGUUUCAUUUAAAAGCUGUUCUAUUCAACUUUCCAUUCAUCAAAGAAUCCUGAAAAAAAAAAAAAAAGAAUCUGUUUCCUCAAAAAAAAAAAAAAAAAAAAAAAACUCUUUCCAACAGUGAUUUCUGAAGGAUCAUGCAACACAAAGGACUUAAGUAAAUGAUGCUAAAACUUCAGCUUUGCCAUUACAGGAAUAAAUAUAUACUUGAAAAUACAUCUUUUUAAUUUUAAUAUUGUAAUAAUAUUUAACAAUAUUAUGGUUUUGUUGUAUUUUUGAUCAAAUAAAUGCAGCCGUGGUGAAUAUAAGAAAUGUCUUUCAAAAACAUUAAACCAAUCUUAUAGAAAAUAUUAAAAGGGUUAAAUACAUGUCUUAAAUACAAGUAUUUAAGACAUGUAUUUAAUCCUUUUUAAUAUUCGAAUAUGCAUUGAUUCACAUAUACUUGGAUGGACAGAUAAGUACUGUAGCUCGACUACGCAAAAACCUGCUGUAGCUUGAUAUUAUCUGCGCAUGUAAAUGUACUUAAUGAUAUAGAAUAUAGGAAUAAGGAAUCUCAAGGAAGCCAAUCAGAGCAUCUCAUUAAAUUAAAUCACAAUCUAUGCUUAUGCCAAAUUUGAGGAACUUCCCCCAUCCCAGCUAUCAUGUGUCAUCUCAGGAGGGCAUUGGCCAGACAGAAAAACAACCACUACAUCUCAAAAAAAAAAAAAAAAAAAAAAAAAAUGCAUUAAACACUGACACAAAUAGGAACAACAAUGUGAGAGUCUUAAUAAGAACAGUAUUUAUUCAUUUUUAUCUUCCUAAUGUUUCCUAAGCAUUAUUAAAUAUGCUUUCUGUUACAAAAUGCUUUGAAUUUAUCUUAGCAAGUAGAAAUAUGCUGCUCUACAUGGCAAGAGAACAUUGCCUGUUUGAAGUCUAUAUGAGAAAAAUGACAUCACUCUCUUCCAGAGUGACGAAUGCUUACAGCCUUUGGCACAGUAUGAUUAAUGUGUUGAAUCAGACUUUGCAGCCAGUCUGUACAACCUCAAAUGGGAAAGUUUCUCAAAAGACUGCUCUUAUGUCAAGUCUUAAUCGCUUUCUGAACCUUUAGAGAACUGGAACAGGAUCUUCUGAGCUCCAUUUUUGCUUUAAUAGUGUAAUGUACCGCAUCUUUUGUAGAAAUUUAUUUUAGAUGCUACAUUCUCAAACCUGAUGUUCCUUUAUUUAUUUAUUGAAUUUUACUUAACAGUGCAAUAACUGUUUGUACCUCUCCUCUGUUCAAUAAACUUGUGUGUUACAGGGCAGAA